UGAAACUGAGCGAUAUGCAUUACAGGCGCGUUAAUUGUAUUAAGCGCUACCAAGAGCAAUGAGUAUUUCGUCGAAGACUGUCUCCAUACCUUUGUAUUGCGACACAGGGCUCAUUUCAAUCAAUUUUUAUGCUAGCAAGCAUUAUAUGCCAGGAUAGGGGGUGAACGAAUAUUAAUAAAAAGUUCUUCAGACAUCCCAAAUAACCAAAAGUCAUAUUUCAAGAAAAAUACCCAUUUAUUUGUUUCAGGCCCCCUUAAUUUCCAAGUUUGUAAGAAUCACCCUAAAUGAUAUGAUUGUUGGCCGAAAACAUGUUUUUGGUAUUCAUCUAACUCCGCCAUUUCAUCACUUCUGCACAAAUUCGGUAUCAAGCCUUAAUGAACAGGAGCCCAUAAAGGAAAGCCCUCAUACAAAUAUCCGUAAAAAUUACAAAGGCAAGCUAUAUAAACAAGCCGAUUUAGCGACCAGUGUAGAAUAUUUUAAUUCUGAUGUAUUUAGAAAUACCUAUAAAGGAAAACCUGUAUGGUUUUACUACAGACGUAACUAUAAGGGACACUUCCCUUCGAGUAUAACAAGAAAGAAUUGUGUUCAUUUUGGAAAAUUCGUAAGCUCAAAUCCAUGCCCCAUUUGUCGUGAUGAAUAUUUAGUAUUAAGUCAUCGACACAUUGAACUGUUAAAGCAGUUUAUCAAUCCGGAUACUUUAGAAAUCUUUCCAUUGUCUAAAACUGGUAUAUGCAGACAUCAGUAUAAAAUUUUACAACAUGAAGUUGAAAAAGCUCGUGAUUUAGGUUUAAUUCAAACAUGGUUGCCUUUCUACCUAUAUAAUUACCAUGAUUAUUAUGAUUAUUUACCAAAGGAUCAAUUAAAUGAAUUACUUAAAAUCAAUAACAGCCAACUUACACAUCAAGAUGCUGUUAUAUCGUCAAAUGAUAUUGCCUCCUUACCGUUGGAUAUACAAGAAAUAUUAAAAGCGAAUCAAUCUAUACCACAUACAGAGGAAUUCACUAUUCAAUUACCAGAGAUUAAUAUUGAUCGACCAAAGGUCACCAAACGUUAUCAAAUGGAAGAAGAUUAUAAAGCGCUGUUGAUUCGUCGAAAACGAUCACGUUCAUUUAUUUUAAAUUGAAACAAAAAAAUCAAUAAUGAUGAUAACAUAUUUCAAACUCAGGGAAUAACUGUAAAGCUUGAAAUAUGUGUAUAUAGAAUAAAUGAAUUAAUAAAAAUGAAAGACAGUACUUUUGUAUCUAUGUUGGUGUGUACUCGCUUAUGUUUGUAAUGUGCUUGAUCGAUUGGUUUUC